AUGCAGAGCGCAACUCGAUUAGAAGCAGAACGGUUACUUGGAAUCUCAGAGAAGCUAUUACAGAACCGGGAUCUAAUGGGUUCUAAAGAAUUCGCAAUCUUAGCACAAGAAACGGAACCUCUUCUAGAAGGUUCCGAUCAGAUCUUAGCCAUUGUCGAUGUUCUCAUCGCCUCCGAGAAACGCAUCAACAACAACCCUGACUGGUACUCCAUCCUCCAAAUCGAUCGCCGAUCCGACGACACUGACCUCAUCAAGAAACAGUACCGCCGUCUCGCUCUUCUUCUGCAUCCGGACAAAAGCAGGUUUCAUUUCGCUGAUCAUGCUUUCAAGCUUGUUGCUGAUGCUUGGGCGGUUCUCUCCGAUCCAAUCAAAAAGUCUCACUAUGAUAAAGAGCUUUCGUUUUUCUCUCGGGUUGAUUUGUCUGUUCCCGGUUGGGUUCAGCAAGAUAAGGUGUCAGGGCCGGUGCGUAGAACCGGUCCUGGUACUGGCCAUGCCCCUGUACCUGGACCGGAAAUUGGAACCGGUCCACGGAACAGUGCUGCUUCGGCUAGAGAUGGAAUAGCUGCCGAUGAAAACGCUCGUCGUAGGAACGCCACUUUUUGGACUGCUUGUCCUUACUGUUACCGUUUGUAUGAGUUCCCUAGAGUUUAUGAGGGUUUCUGUUUGAAAUGUCCUAAUUGUGAAAGAUCUUUUCACGGUGUUAAUAUUCCGUCUCUGCCGCCGUUAGUUCCGGGGCAAGAUGCUUAUUAUUGUUGCUGGGGUUUUUUUCCAAUGGGUUUUGUGCUUCGGAAUGUUGGCUCAGAGGAAAAGGAGACUGAGCUGGCUCCUGAAGUUGUGCCGGAGCCAGAGACUGUUCCCGUGCCAAUAUCAGUUCAGACUGCUUCGGUUCAGCCCGCCUCUGCUCCGUUUCAGCCUGCUCCUGCUCCGGUUCAGCCUUCUUCAUUUCAACCUGCUUCGGUUCAGACGAAUUCGUCGCUGCCGAAUUGGAUGCCAGCACCUGUACCAGUGGAGAAUGGUGGCAACAAUGUGAUGCCGGUGGCACCAAUGGAAGUUGUGGUUGCUACGCCUGCAAGGGUGACAACAAGAUCAGGUGCUGUAACAGGGGUUGUUUCGAAUGGUGUGGCUGCCAGGGGUUCGGGAUCGGGUAAGAAGCGUGGAAGGCCGAGGAAGUAUUAUUGA